AUCCCAGGCUGGAGGGUCAGUGCCCCAGCCCCAGCGGGCUCUGGCACCCCAGGGGUGUGUGGGAGUGGGGAGAUGGCAAGUGGGAGGUGUGGGGGGCUGGCACGGUGCCACAGGGUCCUGUCCAAGGAAGGAUGCCACUAAGAGCUCAGCACUCCCCCAGCAGGCUCCCAAACUGGGGAGCCCCGACAAAUGUCACCUGCAGGUCACGUGUCCUCUGUCACCUGCUCUGGGCACACACCAUGCCCGGAUCCUCGCGGGGUUUUCAGCCCCAUUGUCUCUCUGGUAGCCAGGACCAUCCUCCCCAGAGGGUCUGUGGUCACCAGCAGCUGCAGCAGCUCGGCCAGGCAGCUCUGUGACUUCGUCUGCAACUGCAGCAACUGCUCUGACGAGAAUCAGUGUGGGUACCUGCGGGGCUCAGCAGUGCUGGGCACCCCCUUCACCUGUGAUUUCGAGGAAGGCAACUGUGGCUGGCAGGACGUGAGCACCUCGACUUACAGAUGGGCGCGGGGCCGGGCCAGCCUGGCCCUGUGGGGCAGGGGACCCCACUCAGACCAUACCCUGGGCACUGACUUGGGGUGGUUCAUGCUGACUGUGUCCCCCACGGCAAAGACUACAGCCACAGCCUGGCUCAGGUCACCAGUGAUGCGGGAAGCAGCUGCCACGUGUGAGAUCAGGGCCUGGUACCACCUCUCAGGAAGCGGGCUCAGCCAGACAGAGUGGCCAGUGCUGCGUCUGACCAUGGCAUAUGGGGACGAGGUGGUGGGGCUGUGGCAGAGCCCUGAGCGCGGAGGCGAGGGCUGGCACCAGCUGGUCGCCUACCCGGGCCGGAUUGUACAGCAGUUCCAGCUUUUCUUCUCCCUGACACAACCACCCUCACGCGAGGCAGAGCUGGUGCUUGACGACAUCGUCUUCAGGAACUGUGGCUUGCAGGAGCCUCGGCAGCAGGUCUGCAGGCCGGAGGAGAGCCGCUGUGACCGGGGGUCCUGCCUGGCCCAGCACCGCUUCUGUGAUGGCACCGACGACUGCGGGGACGGCUCAGACGAGAAUGCGACACUGUGCAAGUCCUUCACUUUCUGCUCCUUUGAGCAAAAUCUCUGCAGCUGGGAGGCUGAGGUCGGGCAGCCAGCAUGGGAGAGGAACACAAGCCUGAACCUGGGGACCGCGUACGGCAUCCCCACCCGGGACCACAGUAAUAACAGCAGGGCAGGUUUUUUUCUCCACGUGCGCAGCACCUCAGCCGCGGGGGCCAGCGGCACGGCACGGCUCAGCAGCCCCGCUUUCCAGGCCACCAACUCCUGCUCGCUUGUGCUGUACUACCACCUGCACGGCUCAGCCACCAGCAGCCUCAACAUCUCCUACGUGACCGGCUCCACCAAGCACUUGGUGAGGGAGAGGAUGGGGGACCUGGGCAGCUGCUGGGUCCGGGAGAGAGUGGACUUCAACGUGACAGGGAUCUUCAAGGUGCUGAUCGAGGGGGCGGCCGGCAGUGCAGGGACCGUGGCCAUCGAUGACUUGAUCUUGUCUCCGGGCUGCGUGCGGGCACAGGAGAAGCUUUCAACCACGCUGCCGAGUCGGGCAGGUGCUGGCCCCUGCACAGCUGGGGAGGUGGCCUGCGACAGCGGGGACUGCAUCAGCGCAGAGCUGGUCUGUGACUUCGCCGAGAUGUGCGCCGACGGCUCUGAUGAGAAGCGCUGUGGAGCAACCACCUUCGAGAUGGGGGCCGGGGGCUGGCACGACGUCAGCGUGGGGCAGCUGCGCUGGGGCUUGCAGCGCAGCACCGAGCCCACCGACAACAGCCUCACAGGAGCUUUCCUGGCCGUCCAGGCAGGAGAAGGACAAAUGGUGGCUGCUGCGAAGGCACGCACGCCUGUGCUGGGUCCUUCCAGCCCCGCCUGUGCCAUGGAGAUGAGCUACCGCAUGCGCAGCAGCCCCCAAGGCUUCCUUGCCGUCAGUGUCAUGGAUCACACCACUGGUACUACCCACCUGGCCUGGCACAUGCAGGGGCACGAUGGCACAGCCAAGGGACGUGUCCGUGUCCCACUGGGAGAGAGGACCCGACCCUUCCAGGUCGAGCUGCUGGCGCUGGUGAAUCUGCAGGACUCUGAGAGUGCUGCCAUCGACAACGUGACGUUCUUGCAGUGCCACCCCAGUGUGGUGCCACCGGGAGCCAUGGAGUUGUCCUGCAACUUUGAGAGGGGCAUGUGUGGCUGGUACCAGGAUCGGUCCAGUGACUUCGGAUGGGUCCGCAGCACGGGGCAGGGGCAGGGCUCCGACCACACCACUGGCUCAGGCUACUUCUUGGCUGCGGACCCCUCUGCGCCAGGGAGCCGCGGGCAGCGGGCACAGCUUGUCACCUACCCCCAGGAGCCCGCCACCACCCCACGCUGCCUCUCCUUCUGGUACCGUCUGGCCGGCCCGCAGAUUGGCACCCUGAACCUGAAACUGCGGCUGGAGGGAGCAGAGGAGAUGGUGCUAUGGACUCAGCGGGGGACCCACGGCAGCAUCUGGCACCGAGGACGGGCGACGCUGCCUGCCACAGGCCAGCAGCGGUACCGGGUGGCCUUCGAGGCACUGCGGGAUGGGUUCCUGGGGGACAUGGCGCUGGAUGACCUGGCGCUGACAGUGGGGCCCUGCGGGGCUGAGCUCUCCUGCUCCUUUGAGGCGGAUGCCUGCGGGCUGGUGGCCAUCGGGCAGCGCACCUGGCUGCGGCAGAGCAAUGGCACCGGCACCACUGCCGGCCCCCCGGCUGACCACAGCACUGGCACUGCCACAGGCCAUUACAUGGUGGUGAGCACGGACAGGGGCUCCCUGCCUGCAGGGGACAUGGCUGCCCUCAUCUCCCAGCCCUACCAGUCCUCCAUGCCCGCCCAGUGCCUGGCCUUCUGGUACCAGCUGAGUGCCGGGACCCCAGGCUCCCUCGGGGUCUCCGUGGAGCAGAGUGGGGUGCGGAGGAAGGUGAUGAGCGUGAGCGCCGGGGAGGGGUACGCCUGGCACCGCAGCCAUGUCACCGUCCUGCCGGAUGGGGACUGGCAGGUGAUAUUUGAGGUGGUGGGAGCUGGGGGUGACCAUGGGUACAUUGCACUGGAUGACCUGCAUGUGUCGGACGGAGCCUGCCCUGAGCCAGCAUCCUGUGACUUCGAGCGGGAUAUGUGUGGCUGGACCAGCCCCUCGGACCCCCGCCUGCACAGCUUCGCCUGGGGCUGGAAAAGCGGGGUCCCCCUCACCAAGUACCCUGGCCCCGAGCAGGAUCACACCCUGGGCACAAGGAAUGGUCACUACGUGCACUUCGACACCAGUGUGCUGGGCCCCGGGGGCACCAGUGCCUGGCUGGAAAGCCAGCACCUGCCUGCUGCUGCCGACUCCUGCCUGCGGUUCUGGUACCACAUGGACAUCCCAGAGCACCUCUCCUGCGGGGAGCUGCGGGUGAUGCUGCACAGCGUGGCAGGGCAGCGCACGGUGUGGAGCAUGGUGGGGCAUCAGAGCCGGGGCUGGCAGGGCGCUGUGGUGCCUGUGCGGAGCCCCAGCGAGUUCCAGAUCAUCUUUGAGAUCACUGCACGGAGGUGGCCAAUGGAGGGGACGGUGGCACUGGAUGACAUUGUGUACAGCGCCAGGGAGGGCUGUCAUUCCAUCCUGGAGGUGCCAAUGGAAGAGAAAUCCUCCAGCAGCCUUGUGGUAGAGGUGGCACUCGGUCUUCUCCUGGCCAUCAUCAUCCUGGCGCUGGUGGCUGCUGGAGGCCGGUACUGGCUGAAGCAGCGAGGGCUGUCGAGCAGGACACUGGCAGAGAGCAACACUCCCCAGGGCUUUGACAACAUCACUUUUCGAGAUGACAAGGUCAUUAUCUCUUCAGUGCCAAAAGAGGGGGAUGAGGAUUGAAACCAGCCAGCAGCAUUAAUUGCCUACUCACGCCCGCAGGGCACACACAAGGCAGGGCACCCCUCCAGCAAGACCUCACACUCUAGCAGCUGCCUCCGGUUCACAGCAUCCAACACUGGGGAGCUGCUGCAGGCACUCACCCCCGGGGUGCUGGCCCCACAGAGGGACGUGCCGCUGCCUCCACUACCUCCAAGCACUCGGGAAAAGCUUUUUUUUUUUGUCUUUUGUAACAUGAACUUUCUGCACCAAGCCAUAGUGACCUGCCUGUGCUUUGACAGGCGCUGUCAGCAGGAGUUGCUUGCAGCGACCAUCCUCAUCUGAGCAGGGUCCUGGCUGUGGAAGGGGGUGAAGUGCAGAGUCCUGGCCUCCCUCCAGGCUGGGCAGGUCAGUGGGUGCUGCGUGGGGUACGAGCACACCCUUCCCACACUCGGGAUUAAGCACAAAAGCUCCCAGUGCACAGAGCCACCGCGGGGAGGAAGCCCAGUGCUUCUGCUGGU